GAUUGCAAAUUUGUCGAAUUGCAGUCAAUAAUAGUGUCAUGUAUGGAGAAUGCGCGAGGUGAUAUCGCAUCGAGAAUCGUGCAGCGAAUGGCACAUAAACGUGACGAUUUCUCGCAGUUCGUCGGCAAUCUGAACCAUGAUCAAAUGGCCGAUCUGGUAUCAUCGGUAAAACAGUUGCUGAGCGAUGUCGUCAAAAAUAUCAGUUAUCCUGAAAAGGCAUGUGAUUUUCUUAUACCGUUAACUGCGCCCAUUGCUCAAUCAGUCAGCCGUUUUCGGGACUUUCAGAUUCGUGAGAUAUCGAUUCAAUUUGGUAUUGAUCAAGUACCGAGACGUGGAUGGGGAUUCAAAGCGGAUUUCUUUGCCGUGAUGGCCAAUGCUUUAGCGACCGAGUGCGUGUUCUUGGAUGGUGCCGCUCAUCAGCCAACUGAAACCAUCGAAGCGUGGGCUGAACUCGUUGAAUUCAUGUUUAGUAGUGUCCGAGAUGGCUAUUAUCAACAGGUGCGUACAUUAUUGUGCUUGAAUUUACACUGA